AUGUCUGUCGUGUCGCUUCUCGGUGUUGAGGUGAAGAACAACCCCGCGCGCUUUGAUGAGCCGUAUGAAUUUGAGAUCACUUUUGAAUGCCUUGAGCAACUACAGAAGGAUCUCGAGUGGAAAUUGACCUACGUUGGUUCGGCGACGUCAAACGAGUAUGAUCAGGAACUCGACUCUGUCUUUGUUGGCCCGCUGCCAGUCGGCGUCAACAAGUUCCAGUUCCGCGCCGACCCCCCGAACCUAUCGCGUAUCCCCAACAGCGAAAUCAUCGGCGUCACAGUUAUUCUGUUGAGCUGCAGCUACGAAGAGCGCGAGUUUGUCCGCGUCGGCUACUAUGUGAACAACGAGUACACAGACGAGGCGCUGGCACUAGACCCGCCCACCAAGCCUGUGAUUGAGAAGGUACAGAGGCAAAUUCUUGCAGAGAAGCCGCGAGUCACACGCUUUGCCAUCAAGUGGGAUUCUGAGGAAUCUGCACCGCCCGAGUUCCCCCCUGAACAGCCAGAGGCUGACCUCACCGCCGACGGAGACCAGUACGGCAUUGAAGAAGAGGAGGACGAGGAGGAGGGCGUCGAGGGUGAAGGUGUCGCCGCCGAGGGUGAUGAUGCGGCCAUGGCAGGUGCUGAGGACACUGCUGGCCCCGCCAACGACGAGGAUGCCGAGUCUGAGGCAGGCAGCGAGGAGAUUGACAUUGAAGACUCCGAAGACGAUGAAGAGGAGGAGGGCGAGGGCGAGGGCGAGGAGGGUGGAGAUGAUGACAUGGAGAUGGACGAGGCUGAGCCAAGUGGUGCUGGAGGUGACAAGCCCCAACAACAGCCUGGAGCCCCACAACAGCAACAGCACGGCGCGGAUGUCAUGGUGCACUAG